AUGUCUGCUACCAAAAUCGCCCCCGAUACAUCUGAUGCCGUCACCGUCGACAGUACUAACACCAACACUCCUGUUGAUGCCAAACAAGAAGCUCUCAAGAAGAUAACGGCAGAGAAAGAGGCCAAGCGCAUCGAAAAUGUUGCUAUCCAGAAGAGAAAGCUCGAAGCUGCUAAGCAAAAGGCGGCGCAAGAGUUGAUAUCCAAGGGCAAGAACGCGAUCCUCAAGGCCCAGCCUAACCGACCUUCACGACGACCGGCAAAGAAGAACCGAAGACCGCUUCCCCCUCCUGCCAACCGGACUCACGAGACCGAAGCGACUAUGGAGAAGACGAAAGCUAGCGCUGAAGAGAAACGUCUUGCCCCUCUGCGAGUUGUUCGCCCAAGCUAUAGCUACAGCGACAUCGUCGAGCAGCGCGUUGUCGAUGGCGUCGUUGAGCGCAUCACCCAUACCAACUAUUCUGCGCCUGAGUCCUGUGCCGCCCACAACCACGACGAGGGUAUCGAGCAGCGCAUGGCCGACAGCGUCACUGAUCCUACUUUCCAGUCCACUGAUGCGCCCGAGACUGUCCAGUCUGACACCGACGUUGAGUCAGAUAGGGCCACAGAACCUGAAACUGAGUCAGACGAAGAGCCUCCUCAGUUAGUUCAAGAGCUUGCCUCUCCUGAGCAGGUCACUGUCCCUGAAGACGACGACGAUUCCGCCGAAGCUUCCAGUAUCACUGCACCACCCCACAUAUACAUCACCGCUCCGAUAGAUGAUGCGGAUGAGGAGCCUUUGAUGACUGAAGAUCUGGCUGAGGCAAUUGACAAGUCGUCCGAACCGAUCAAGACAAAUGUCUCUGAGAAAUCCACUUGUAGCCCUUCGGCGAUUCUGUCGAUGCCCAACUCGACUCUAUACCCUUCGCGCCUAUCUCGCGACGAAGAGGCUAAGUUGGUCGCUAUGCACGUCGCGCCCAUCGUACUGCCGGCCACUGAAGCCAAGCAGCAGAAGCUUAGUAAGGCUGGGAAGAAGGCCGCUAGGACAUCUGAGGUAUCUAAGGAGGUGGCUACAGUUGACUCCGACUUGACCCAGGAACCUCUGGAACCCAACUCUGCCGAGACUACGAUAGAUGUUGUUGAGCCCAUUGUCUUAACCGAAGGAUCCGCAUACGUCGCAACACUUCUAGCGAGGCCCAAUGGUUCUGGUGUGACCACAGAGUCUCGCAACCUUCACGAGAAACUCGUCGCGCUUCAUGUCGCACCUCCCUCGCUGCCGAUCACUACACCCAAGCAGCAGAAGUCCAACCGCAAAGCUAUCAAAGCCAACCUCCAGAUGUCUACCGCGGUUGAGAAGAAGGACCCUGAUUUCAUCGCCUCUCUGCUUUCCAAGCCCAACGGCGCAGGCGAAACCCAGAAAGCGCGCGACUUUCAUGAGAAGCUGGUUGCGCUUCAUAUCACUCCUCUCUCGCUGCCGGUCAUUGCGCCCAAGCAGCAAAAGACCUCAAAGACCGAGCAGAAGGCUAAUAAAGCUGACAAGAAGAAGUCUGUUGCGACCGGGAAGAAAGAGUCUGCCUUUAUCGCCUCUCUUCUCUGCAAGCCCAAUGGUCCGGGUGAAUCCAAAGAGACCCGCGACCUUCACAACAAUCUUGUGGAUAUGCAUGUAGCGCCACUCGACGUUCCGGUUUCCAUACAACAGGAUAAGGAUAAGAAAGCUGGGAAGGCCCACAAGUAUAUUGAGACUUGGACCGCUGACCCUGAUGCCGUUGAUCCACUGAUCGCCAGCAUGGUGCCUCCCAUUACUGAAGAGCCUAUCUUUGCUGUUGAGGAGCUGGGUACAGAGGAUGCAACGCGCGACAAGCUGUCUGUCGUCAUUGCGACUCCCAUCCAUGGUUUCUGGCAAACUGUUCUUUCCAAAACCCCUGCCACCGAAACCACCACCGUCGACCAAACAGUAAUCAUCCCCGACUCCGCCCUAACCACCACCCCUCCCACCUCCUCCCGCGACGACUCAUCCUCUGAGUGCGACACCAUAAGAUCAUACAGCACCUCCACCCACUCCACCCCAUCCAUCCGCCACGCAGCCUCAAAAGCACGCACCACCUUCCUCGGCGCCACAUCCCUAGAAACCUUCAUCAACACCCUCGACUUCGAACUCUGGGACGGCACAACGACCAAAGACGACAUCUGCGAGGCCUUCGCUUCCCUAUCCAAUCACCCCACACCAACUACUACUACUGGUCUGAAUACCGCUAAAAUCCAGCGUAAGAUCAAGUUGGGUAGCACGUCACUAUACGCGUUCCUGCGUCAAAUUACGUUCAUCGAGGAUGAUGAAGUGACAGUCGUGGGGGAGGUGAUGAGGGUGUUUAGGAAGGCGGCGGGGGAGCAGGUGACGGAAACGAAGCUGGAAGUUGCGUUAUGGCUUGCGGAGGAGACGGAUGAGGGCAGUCAGCGAGGCAGGCGGUCAAAGCGUUCUUCUCUGGCUGGUGGGGUCUAA